UGACAACAAGAGGUGAUCAAAGAUUGCAAGUUAUUUUGGGACAUCUUCCUAAAACACAAAAUUCCAACCAUCUGAGAGGCAAGAAUGUGCACCUUGCUCCAACAAGCAGUACCUAUCCCAGUACAGGCACACACAAGAGGUUCAAAUACACGCUAGACUCAGGAAGCAAGCUCAGUCAGAAGGACAGAGAGUUUUAUGAAGAGAAUGGCUUCUUUGUUGUGAAGAACCUGGUGUCUCCUGAUGAGAUUGACCGAUUCAGACAGAGGUUCCAAGAAAUCUGUGUUCAGUAUGAACAAGGUGUUCGUCCAGCAGGUAUGACUAUCAUGAAAGAUGUCUCCAUUGCCAAGUCCGAGUUUGUAAAUGGCGAAGGUGCAAUCAACAAGAUCCAAGACUUCCAAUAUGAUGAGACACUCUUCAAGUACUGCUGUGACAAUAGGGUGACAGAUUAUGUGGAGUGUUUUACUGGUCCUGACGUUAUGGCGAUGCACACUAUGUUGAUCAAUAAACCACCGGACCCAGGCUCCAAGACGUCUCGCCACCCCAUGCAUCAGGACCUCCAUUACUUCCCGUUCAGACCCGCUGAUCGCAUCGUCUGCUCUUGGACCGCCAUGGAGAAGGUUCACCCUGGGAAUGGAUGUCUAGUCGUUAUACCUGGCACUCACAAGGGGGAGCUGCUGCCUCAUGAUUAUCCAAAAUGGGAGGGUGGGGUGAACAAGAUGUACCAUGGUAUCCAUGACUACAACCCCGACGAUCCACGUAUCCACCUCGAGAUGGAAAAAGGGGAUACUGUGUUUUUUCACCCAUUGCUGAUACAUGGGUCAGGUGCUAACAAGACCAGUGGCUUUAGAAAGGCCAUCUCUUGCCACUAUGCAGGCUCAGCAUGUGAAUACUUCCCAGUCAAAGGAACAACCCAAGAGAGCCUCGCCCAGGAGAUCAUUGCAGUGGCGAGGAGACGUCUUGGUGACCCGAAUGCUGAGAUCCGGUAUGAGGACAUCUGGAAGCUGCGUGGACGUCUUGUGAAAGGGAGAGAGAUUAACCUGUAGCCAUGGUAAAUAAGACAGAAGAUGAACUCCACAAUCAUUUGUAGCAGAGUAUUUACCAACAGACUACUGCUGAUUGAUACUGCUGCUAUUGUCUUCUAAUUGUCCCAGUGAUUGCAAUUGGAAGCCUGUUUUGGGGUGAACGACUCCGCUUCUUUCUCUCCUUCAUUGAUUGAGAACUUUGUGUUCAGUGAACUUAGAUCUUGAUUGAGAACAUUAGUAGGCAUGGGACAACAGUUCUGGUAAUCAGAUCAUCUGAUAAGAUCUGCAACAAAUUGUCACAUUAAUUAAAUACAGCCAUUGCCAGUAUAGAAAGGCUAAAGGACAUUCAAGUAACUGGCUGUGUGGAUGAGACCAGGCGGCUUCUCCUUAAAGUGACACUUGAUGUGCCAAAUAUAAUUCUGUGAUGUAUUUUUUUAAUGACUAGGCCAAACAAUCAUGGGAUCUGUAAAGUGCAGAUCACUACAGAGUAUAAGUGUGUAUUGAAUGAAAGUGAUAUGUAAUAAUUUUGAUAAUUUGUUAAUAAAUGAUUUAUAAAUGA